AUGAAACCCGUGCCAAGGGACUUCUGGAUUGAGAUAUUUGAUGUGAGCAACUUUGGAGGUUUUGAUGACCUUUGCUCAAGCAGGCUGGCUUGGACUACGUUUUAUGGGAUCGUGAAUAACAAAGAAAUGUUAAUCCUCCAGUCAAGUGACAGAAUUGGGGUCAAUAAAAUAUCCAUGGAUGACGGACAAGUAAGAAAACAUCAAUGUCGGUCAUUUGGUGUAAGAGUCGACGGUGACCUUGACCGUCGAAGAAGCUCAUUAAUUAAUUAUAUCAACACAAACUCGAUCAUCAGGUCUGAAAGCAGUAUCUUCCGAUUAAAUCUCUUCAAGCAAGGGCAUUACUUUGGUGCUCACAGCUUCAAGGUCUGCCUUUCUCAGGAACAACCAGAAGAAGCAAGAACAAAAUUUAAUGAAAAUGAUAAAAGCAAUACAACGGAACUGGCAUUGACCAACCACACGGCCGACCGGAUCAAGGAGAGUUUAUAUCUGUUAACGUGGUUUAUCAGGACCCUGUACACUUUUACCUCAAUUAUUACCUUUCAACUUCAACACGCGAUUUAUCAAUAUUUAAUUAUGCAAACUACUUCAAAAGAAGCUCGAAUCAAUUUAGCUAUUGAGGCUAUUCGUACAUCUCAAAAUUUGAGUAUUCGGAAAGCUGCAAAACUCUAUAAUAUACCUCAUACUACCUUUACCUUUAGAAUGAAUGGAAUUCUGCCUCUUAUUGAACUUCGAUUAACAAAUCAUAAAAUGACAGAAUUGGAAGAGAAAUCGCUUUUUCAAUAUAUAUUGGAUAUGGAUAAAAGAGGGUUUAGUCCUCGAAUAAGUGAUAUAGAAGAUAUAGCGAAUUAUAUACUCGAAACGCGAGGUGCGAAGAAGGUUGGAAAGCUCUAG